AUGGAGGCGACUAGUGCUCGUCCGAAGAAGCGCCGAUGCGUCAAAGAGCGCGUCCGUGUCACCAGGGCGAAAAAGCUGCGCUGCUCAGGUACUCUUCCGUGCUCUCUGUGUGAGCGUUCUAGUCAGAGUUGUGAAUAUACCACAAGCUAUACAAGAGGGAAGGUGCCACCGAUCCCAACGCUCCAUCAACCUAAGGGCAAUAACAAUGUUGCCGACCGCCAUAUACAAGAGAAACCAGCCCCCGAUGUAGAUCGGAUGCCCGCAUCCCCGGAUACAGAGGUGAUAGAAGGUCAUUCGGCGUCUCGUGUCGAUGGGGACGCCAGUAACCUGCAGUCGCGGGACUCCCCGGAGCCGCAUCAAACUGACAUGGAAGGUCAUUACGUCGGACCAUCCUCAGGCGUCUCGUUCUUGCUUCGUAUUCAGAAAAGGCUGCAUGAGAGCAUCGCAUUUCCAUUGAAUACACCCAUUUUCAGUUUUGGCGAUGCUCCUCUACCAAAAUCGGACCCUUCGUUCCUACUUCUGCCCAGCAAGAAUGAAGCUAAAGAGCUAUGCAAUAGAUACUUUGACUUUGCAUUUCCCACGCAUCGGUUCCUGCACCAGCAGCAAGUGGAAUGCUGGCUUGACGAAUUUUACAACCGUCUUCAGGAGCCUCACUCUCCUGGGCCUGGAGAACGGGAGAUUAGAGCGUUGCUCCUCAUGGUCUUCGCACAAGCAUCACAGUAUAAGCCGGAGACUGGUGGUAAAUUGGAGGAUUCACGGAUGAGUGCGGUCUACUUUGGUGCGUCGGAGCACCAUCUAGCAGCGGAGACUGGUCCCGUUCGCGUCACCAGUGUGCAGGCACGUCUGGCACAAUGCUUCUAUCUUCUUUCACAUUCUCGCAUUAACCACUGCUGGAGUCUCUUCGGUACCACCGCUCGUCUUGCUAUCGCCAUCGGCCUACAUCGGAAACGUCGACGCGAGCACCCGAGUACAGUCAACCUUGUUGAACAGGAGUGCUCAAAGAGAGUCUUUUGGUGUGCGUAUAGCUUGGACAAUUAUCUAAGUGCUGCUUUGGGUCGCCCUCGCAUCUUUCAUGAUGACGAGAUUGACCAAGAAUUCCCUGAGAUUGCCGAAGAUCGGCAGAUAACGCAGACGUCCAUCCUUCCACCAACCUCUAGCUCUCAGAGCAUUAUGCUGGCCCCUGUCUACCACGCGAAGCUAUCCAAGAUUAUCAGCGGCGUAUUACAUGACUUAUACGGUAUUCAGAGGUCCACCCUGACGGCACAAGCCUCGGCUGCAGCCAAAUACGGGGCUGAAAUGGCACAAUGGCGAAAGGAACUGUCUGAGUUCCUGGAUCUUCCCAAUGUGAAUAUAAUGAAGAUUACCUAUCAACGACAAUACACUGUCUUAAAUCUCGCCUUUUAUCAUGCACAGAUCUUGCUAUAUCGCCCGUUUCUCUUGAAGGGCUUCACACUCCUCACCAAAGAGCCUAGUAGGCGGAACGAUAAGCUGCAGGGAACGAUUGACCAGAAUAUUAAGUCAUGCUUGGAAGCAGCAAUGAAGGUUGUUUCUAUUGUCCAUGAUCUGUCUGCAAAGGGAAGGAUGUACCGAGCUUUCUGGUUCACCCACUAUUAUGCCUUCUCCGCCAUUGUUGUGCUCUACGUCCACUACAUACGUAGUCGCUCUCGCCAAAGUACAACUGAUGCAGAUACCACGUACUAUAUGGCUGGAAAACAAGGCCAAGACGACUUGGCAUCAUGCGGGUCCCAGUCAUCCUUCUCCCAGCGUUAUGUUAUGGUCUUGGAAGAGCUUCGCAAGGAGGCGCAAAAGGCUACAAUCCGGGGAAGCCUGGAAUCAAUCGACCACCCACCCACAGAUAGGCCAGAUCUGGGCGCAACCGAGAGUGGAACAUCAAGGCCCGGAGAGCUUAAUCAGUUAAGGAACAUGGCUGACUCUCAACAUACCAGAGUAUACCCAGUAACAAGCGACAGGCUUGAUGAUUUUCCCAGCUCGGCGCAAGUAUCCUAUCAUGGGGUGCAGCCUGCGGGUUCAUUUCAAUUUCCGUCAGCACCGCAAGAGUCCGAAGUGGGAUCCCUACAAGGUAUCAGCCCAGAGUCUUAUAUCGCUGAUCUGGCUAGCUGGAGUGAAUUUGACUCUCUCGCUGCGACUGGUCUGGGAGACUUUGGUAACCUCUUUCCCUUCGAUGUUCCCCCAGGGCUCGAAGGCUAA